AUGGACUACAUCGAGCGCAUCCUAGCCUUCAUCCUCCAAUACCGGCGCGGUCACGACGAAGGCUUAAUUCCGCGUUCCGCAGCAUUCGCGCACCGUCCCAACCCAACCAUCACCCUCGAAUGCCCCAACAUCGGUCCCACGGGGUCGAGAAUCCCGUCGAAAUACGGAUUCUUUGGAGAUGGGACGUUUCCCAUACUGAAAUGGAGUUUACCAACUGACCUGCAGGGGAAAAAAGAGGUGGUGAAGGAAUGGUUCCUAGCAGUCGAAGAUCCAGAUGCGCCGCUGGUAGUACCCGUGCCUCAUGGAUUGUAUUACUCGAUUCUAGCGGAUCGGACCUCUGUCUUUGAUGCUGAUUUCGAGAAAGUCUGUCCUCCUUCUGUCCCUGGCGAUCGGAGCAUCAGCGACGACUUCACGCUCAAAGGGGGGUUCAAGUAUGGCCUCAACAGGCGGAAGACGAUCUAUCUUCCGCCUAGGGGAUUGUUGGGUCAUGGACCGCAUCGAUACUUUUAUGAAAUUGUAGCGCUGAGUGAGCCGAUUGAUACGGAGAAAUUGAGUAUGACGGGGGCAACGAGGGAGGAGCUUGUUAAGCAGCUUGAGGGAAAAGUUAUUGCUUGGGGGGAGUGGAUGGGUGUGUGGGAGAGGACUUGA